AAAAACGUUUCGGUUAUAGGUAGCCUCUUUCAUCCUAUCCUUCAGUUUUCUCAAGACAUCGUUCGAGAUGAGGUCGUCAGUGUGUAUUUUGUCGAUAGUAUUUUUUCAAGCAUGUUUGUUACAGACCGCGCUAGCUCUACCCUCCCUGGCGCUCGUCCCAGCCCAGUCUUCCACGUUUUUCGAGGAAUGGCUCGCUACUUUUGAUCCAAAUACACCGGGUGAACGGAAUAGCGCUCUCUGUGAAAAUGCAGGCGAUGGUUUUUACGCAUUUCCAGAUAAUCCUAACUGCAAUCCAAACUACUACGCAUGUAUCGGAGGUGUUCAAUACAACCAGACUUGUCCUGGCAAUAGCGUCUUUGAGCCGACCCUUGGAAAUUGUCUUAGUCCCGACACGGCACCAUCAUGCAAAAUAACGACAACGACACCCAUGACAACAACUACCGUGUCCACCACUACCGUGAAAACAACCACUGCACCUUUUUCGUGUACAUCGGAUGGGUUCUACCCUGUUGGGACAUGUUCUAAUAGUUACUACGCGUGCGUCGGUGGUGUUGUCUAUCCUCAGACAUGUCCAGGCAAUGGUAUUUUCGAUCCAUCGAUUUCCGCGUGUGUUGCACCGGAAUCUCUACCAUCAUGCCCACCAAUAACUAGCACUAUACCAGUUACUACCACAAUUCCCAGCACUAGUACAGUAACGACUCCAAGCACCACCAGCACCACGGUGGCCACUACAACACUCACUUCUACCACUACAGCACCGCCCACUACAACUACAACAGCACCGCCCACUACAACCACUACCAUCACCACUACCCCGGCUAGUACAGGCACCACAAUUUUCACGUGCACUCAAGAUGGAUUUUUUCCUAUGGGCAGCUGUCUAUCUACUUACUACGCGUGUGUUGGAGGCAUUUCUUACGUUCAGACAUGUCCUGGAGACGGAAUUUUCGUUGACACCAAAUGCGUUACUCCCCAAGAUGUUAUUGGAUGCGAUACAACUACUUCUACCACGAUGAGCAGUUCCACAACUACUGAUAGCACAACCACGGCGACAGCUACUGCUACUAGUGUUGCACCAUUUACCUGCCCAACUCCCGAGGGAUUUUACCCAAUACCCGGAGCUUGCAGCGCAGACUAUUUCAUUUGCGUAUCUGGCUCUCCAUACGUCCAAACUUGCCCAGCGGGAAUUUUUGAUCCAGUUUUAUUGAAAUGCGUCCUUCCCGAGACAGCAUCACCACCUUGCACAGUAACCACAAUACCUCCUACAACCACCCCUACCACUACACCGACUACUACACCGACCACUACACCAACCACUACACCGACUACUACACCAACUACUACACCAACAACUACACCGACUACUACACCGACUACGACCACAGCUGCUCCAUUUGUCUGCCCUGGAAGUGGACAAUACCCUUAUCCGGGAAGCUGUACUUUGUAUUACGUCUGUGGAGGCGGAACUUAUUUCGUCGCCAGUUGCCCCAUUGGACAAGUAUUUAACCCCAAUACACAGUACUGUGAGCCUCCUAUUAAUGUUCCAGGCUGCUAUUUUAGCUUCGUCGAUUUCUACCAGGUACUGGUACUAUAAGGUACUAUAAGACAGGGUAUGAAACUUGUUGGAUUGAAAGGCGGCCAGCCGCAACAAUGAUUUGAUUGCGAAUUAGUUUCGCGGUCUAACAACCCAACAGGUUCUGCUGUCGUGUAGUGAGCUGCAAUUAAUUGUUACCAAGGAGUGUAAUAUCGGGUCAUUCGCUAAUCAAUUUAGGGUUUUAAUGAAACCGUCUGCUUUUUAGUUCAUUCUAUCUAUACUGAUAUGAACUGUUAAAAAUUUGUUUACAUUUUUUCCUAGUCUUGAAAUGCAUUCCGAAAUAAAAGUAAUUCUGUAUCUGUAA